AUGAUCGUGGCAGGUGUGCUGACCUGUGGGGUGGCACAUGUGCCCCAGACAGAGAAGUUCAAGAGCGAGGUGAUGCAUUCAAUCAUUAUCCUGGCCCAGGAGGAUCUCAAACCAGUGCGGAAGGCUCUCCUGAACUUCAUUGAGAUGCUGAGCAAGCGUGGCUACUUGACCCUGACCCAGGGGAAUGUCAUCAUCGACUACGUCAUCAACCUCUGCCAGUCCAAUAGCGCCAAUGAAGAGGACAUCCGACCAAUGUGCUGCAAAAUCCUGCAGAUGGUACAAACUUCUGGGGUCAGAGGCCUCCGUUCCCUCCUCCCCAGCUCCCAGAUCACUGCCCUGACCCCCCGACUGCACCCCCCCAUCCAGCCCCUUGACUGUCUCUUGGACCCCUCCCCACCUCCUUCUGUUUGGGGGGCCCCUCUGACAAGUGGCUCUGUGGAGCAGAGGUGGGUCACGGUGGUGCCCUUGCCCAAACUGAUCACCUUGCUGUGUCAGCCCAGCAACAGCUUGGCCUUCGUGCCCCUGAGUAAGACAGCCAUGAGAAUGGCUCUGAGGGCCCGGUCCCUGGGCCAGGUCCCCUACCUCAGCAGCUUUCAUCUCAGCCGUAAGUACCAGCUGUUUUCCCUGAAACCCUACAGAGAAAAGGACUUUGGUGUAAACUCCCUAAGGCUACUAAAUGCCCUGCAUCCUAUCACCUCCCUGCACCCUGUAAUCAACUUGAACGUGGGCCAGCUAUGGACCAAGGAGAUCCCCAAGAUGCUGCAGAUCCUGGGUGAUCACACUGAGAAGACCCUGAAUCAGAAGGAGUGGGAGGACAGGCUGCUCCAGUUUUCAAGUCAGUCAUUAGUAGCCAUCAGUGAUGACAACUGGCUGGAACAACUCCUCAGAGUCAUCUUGGAGAGAAUAAAUUAUUUCAGCGAUGAAGCCGAGGAGAAGGCGUUCCUGUAUAAAUUCUUCGGCUUCACCCUGCGGACCACAAGGAAUAUGGAACUGUUGAAGACGAUGCUUUCCUGCCUCCUACAAACUGCCCACGAGGAGCUGCAGGAGAGGGAGGGCAUUGCUGCCGCAUUCAGUAUCGUGUCCAGGAAGUAUCUGACGACAGCCCUGGACCAGCUGCAAGUGUACAGUGCUGUACUCACCAACAAGGACUCAUCAUCCAUCCUCAAACUGAUGAAGGAGCAUCAGCAGAAGGAAUGGGGGCUGGUCUGUCACACCGUCUACUUAUGCUACAGCAGGAUUAUUUUAGAGAGCAAGGCAGCCAUCUUCGUGCAUUUAGAUGCCAUCCUAGCCCUGGUUCUGCAACAUUACCGCAACUGCAUCGUGGAGAAGGAUAAGAACCUGAAGCUGGAUUACCUGAACGCGCUGACCCAGCUGACAGACAUCCUGAGCAGCCAGCCUGCAGCCUUUCACUUCGAGCUCCCCCACAAACUAGAGAUUGUGGCCUUCAUGGUGGAGCUGAUCAGGGAGGAGCCGCUGACCUCCAUCUCCAGCCCCAUUAGGCAGAAGGCAAUGAGCAUCGUCGCUGGCUUCAGGCAGCUCAGACCCCUCUUAGAGGUAGAAGAGAGAACAGAGCUACUCCUCACCUGCUACAAGAGUGUGUUCUGCCUGCCGCCCACGGAUGUUUUGCGAAAGGAGGCAUCCAGUCCCAAGGAGGCCCAUGCCAAUGUGGAUCUGCUCAGAGAGACCAUGCAAUCCCUCCAGAGGCUAACGGAGACGCUUAUUGUUGAGAUGCCCACUCGGACCCAGCACUGCUUGGAGGUCAGCAGGAGGGAGCCCCCAAAACUUCUGGACACGUGGCUGAAUUCCCAGAAGGACAAUGAGCGGGAACGGGCCAUGUGGUGCACUGCCCGUAUUCUUGGCUUCGUUGCAAAAAUGAACAACUUUGAAACAGAAAUCGAGUUCAGCCGGCUGGGGCGCCUGGUGAGGCUGCUGGCCAUGCGCUGCCAGGACCCCGUGGACAACAUCUGCUUCCUGUCCUCCCAGGCUGUCUACAACCUCUACUGCAUCCUCCUGCUGCAAAAGCAGAUGGGAAGGAGGAAACAGGGCCUGUGGGAAGAAGAGGGCAAGAGUGAAGUGUACAGCGCCAACGUGUUCUAUAACAACACCUCCGAGAUCGCCAAGGCGUUUGCAGAGUACUUCACCCAGAUGCAGCUCACCACGCUGGUGCUGACGGCCAUGGAGGGCCUGACCGACAGCAGGGCCAAGGUGUCUUUGGCUGCAGCCCAGCUGAUGAGCGCCGUCAUGAAAGAGCGGGGCAGAGACAUGACCAAGAUUGAGGAAGUUGUGGAGGGCAUCCUGGAGAGGCUCAACUUGCAGCUGGAGCCCAGCACAAAGGAGGAGACCCUGCGGGCCAUGUGCUUCCUGGCGGGCAACAACACCCACCUCGUGGUGCCCCUGCUGCUCAACAAGCCCCUUCCCUGGGACAGAACCAGCCUGUCCCUGUGGAAGGCCUUUGGCACCCAACGAGAGACCACAAUCAACGUCCUCCAGGAGCUUAUAGGCAUCCUGGAAAAGCUGCACUCCAGGGACGAGACCAGAGAGAUGCCCUUCCAGCCUGUGGCGGUGGCGUGUGCCUUGUGCGAGAUGCUGUCAGGGUCCCUGUGCCAGGAGGCCGUGGAGGAACUCUACCCACGGCUGCUGCUGGCUGUGUUGUAUCAUCUCUACUGGGUGAUUGAGCAAAAUGCUCCCCAGAAGAUGGUGGUCUAUAGCAAGGAGGGGGGCCCCGGCAGCAAGAGCAAGCCCUUCGACCCCACUAGUUGUGCCCUGGAGGUCGUGAAGUUGGUGCUCUUGGCGGCUGCAUAUGAUGGGGUGGUGGUCUAUGCAAAUCAGCAUCGCUGCUGGGACCUCCUGUCCUGCCCCAAAUUAUACUACCUAGGGAUCAUGAACCUGACCAGCGGCAUUGUGAAGAACUGCAAGCCUGCCAUUCUGCACCGAAUCCUCAACCUCGUCAGGAACCUCCUCUACAGCUUGGAUCAUCGUCAGAAGAUCCUGGCCAGGACCUUCUAUGCACAGCUCCUCUGGCACCGGUCAGUGGCUCAGACUCUGGGGCAGGACUUUCUGGGCAACCUCAUCAAGUGGAUCAGGGAGCCCAGCCUCGUCAUGAAGGAGAUUGGGCUCCGUGGAAUCAGCAACCUGGCGCUGCACCCGGGACAGUCAGAGUCUCUGAAGAGCCUGGUCCCAUUCUUGCGAGACCUGCUGAAGAACGAGGUGCGUGUGACGGUGCAGGCAGUCAAGAGCCUGCGGAACAUCAUCUGCCACGGGCAGGGGGAAGACACCAAGGUCAUCUUCUGUAGCAUCUCCAAGCAACUGCGUCCGCUUAUCAACGAUGAGAGGGAGCAGGUGAGGAUCUCGGCCACUUCUGCUCUGGGCCACAUGCUGCAUCAGGUCGACAGGUUCAAGCCUAGGUCCUCCACCCAGAGGGAGAUCUACACUUUCCUGGUCCCGCUGCUGCUCAGCUUUCAGGACAACAACACCGAGGUUGUCAAGGCCUGUAGGGGGGCCCUGACCGAGUGGACUAAAGUGAUUGGCUGGUCCUCACUCACCCAGACCUUCCGGCACACCACCCUCAGCGAUCACAUCCAGGUAUUGGAAGAAACAUGCAACUACCUGGUGAGUACCAGCCGAAAACAGCUGGUGGGGGAGUUACUGUCCCAGAGCUUCGGUUUUCUGAAGAGCCCGCAGCCCUCCCUGAGGAUAGCUGCUGUUAAUUUCAUAGAAUUAACAGUUAAAAGGAUAAACAUGAGUCACAUAUAUGAGGACGAUGUGCAGCUGUUGCGGAAUGUGCUUGAAAGUCUGAAGAGUGAUCCUGUGGAACAGAUCCAGCUUUCGGCCGAUGGUGUCCUGAAAAAAAUCUACGAGGAUGUCAACCCCAGGUACGUCUAUGCUUCCGGGUUAAGGCAGCUGAGAAGCACCUUCUUCAAAGUCCCAGAAAGAAAGAAGCGACUGUUUAAGCCUGUUAGACAGGAGAGAGAGGAUGGUGACGCUCAGAAGAAUCACGCCUGGAGUUGGUUCAGGGGGCUUCUGAACUCACCACGUGCCUGGCACAGCCGGAAGGUGAAGGACACGCCACUUGUGGUCGGUGACGUCCCUAAAAAGACAGCGGAGUCACGGGCACCAAAGUCUAAAAGUCCACUUGGAGAAGCUGGCUCUACCCCCAGAUAGGCUGCUCUCGAGUCACUCUGCAUAUUUGGAACCGGAGACUAAAGCCUUUUCCAGUUGCUCUGGAUCAGGGUCUCCCUCCACAGUGGUCUCUCCUGCCUGUUGUCCAGCCGGAUGGGCUGCUUUGGAUGAAACCCAAGGAGGCAGUUUUGGUCUUAGGAGAUACAGUGUUUCCUGUCCUUUAUCUCCCUAGUGGAUUGUUGGA